UACAGUUCGGCCCUAGGUUUGUUCGGCCUCAAGUUUUUUCGGCCUUUUGUCGUUUCGGCCUUAGAUACCAAGUCGUUUCGGCCCAAGUUUCGUAAGCUACAAAAUACCGACAAUGUGAUGUUGUUUUUGUUAAUAUAGAUGUGUAUUGAAUUUAUGAGACUUUAAUGAAGAGGAAAUUUUGUAUGAUGAGGAAAUAAUUGGAGGUAGGCCUAGUGUUAGAAAAGAUUAUGAAAUAUAUGCAAAAUUGUUCGAACUUUCUUUUCCAUUAUGUUUGACAAAUUGUGAUACCAUGAUCAUUGAGAAUAGUUUUUGAAAUCAUCAAGGCAAACUUUUAACCCCGAAAUAUAAUGAUUUCUUAACAAAUUUGUGCCGUAAAAUUUCAAUUUAGCAUUUGUGAAGACACUACAAACAAUUGUGCAUUUUUUGUUAGUAUAUCUAUAAAAAAUUAGCUACAAGUAAUACUACACUAACUUUAUUCAAAAAGGUAUUUUUUCAAUGAAAUAUAUUUAGUGAAAAAAUAAACAAUUAUGACUCAUGACCAGGUAUUGUAUGCUGUAAACUGAUAUGUUGUUAUUUGCGUAGUUAGUGUAUGUUAGGUUCAGUUAGUAAUUUACGGGUGAAUACAAUGAUGUUGAUAAUAAAAUCUACAGUAGAGACCACGAGUAUUCCCCAACACACGGUGUAAAAUGUCCGUGAACACGGUGUAUGUGUAUUUCGAAUACACAAGAAGACUGCCUUGUCUAAAAAGUUAGUCCCUGAUACCCACCGUGAGAUCAGUAUCUUGUUUAGAAAAAAUGUACUAAACGAUUAAAAAAGCAAUGAUUUCUUUCUUUCCCGGAGAAAUAAAUGGCAAAAUCUUUUAAUUUCUUGAAUUACUUAAUUAUUACUUGAAUUACUUUAUUGGGAGAACUUAAUUUUUUCCAAAAACUCUUAAACUUUACGUAAUUUUAUUCAUUUUACCUUAUAAAAAAUUAUAGAAAAUAGUACAAAAUUUUUGAUGAAGUGAUAGCGGUUUAAAAUCAGUGAAACUGCAGGGUAUGGUCAUUUUUUAAGUUAACAUUUUUCAUCGACUUGAUGCAUUCAGCUACAAAGCUUUAUCCCAUCUUUCACCUUGAUGAACAGAAUUAUUUAUUUUUUUCUAUCAGAAAUUCAUAUUAUGAAUUAUUUUUUACUAUAAAUGUAACGUGUUCAACUUUGUAUACAAAUAAAGAAGUCGAUCAACAGAGACGCGAGUGAUUGAUUCCAUACUGAAGUGUUGUAAAAUCUUAUUUAAAAGUGUAGAUGAAUAUUAAUGAGUCAACUAUCAUGGAAAAUUGUUUAACCAUAUUAAACUAAACACUUGAUUGUAAUACACGAGGUCCGCGUGCUUCAAUGCUUGAAAUUCGGUCACGGCCUCCCGGGAAGCUGAUUCACACUUUUACGCAUGGAAAUAUGUUGCAAAAUUGCUGUACAUGUAUAGUGUAUGUCCAAUUCUUCGGUUUUGUAAAUUAGCUGUGCGUAGGAUACCCAACAACAUUAGCUGUAGAAUUUUGUAAUACUAUUUCUAAGGGUUUAAAAUAUUUAAUGAUAACCGAUGUGAUCUCUCUCUCUCUCUCUCUCUCUCUCUCUCGCGCGCGCCGACCAAACCUAUUAAGUGAGGACGUCCUCACAAUGUGUAGAAGAUAAUACACACAUAUACUAUUCCAAAGGCAAAAAAGUACUAUGUUAGGUAUAGCUAUAGGGAUACCUGUAAACGUUUAUCUAAUACUAUCUCUCUCUCUCGCGCGCGCUCUCGCUCGGGAUGUUUUAGAUUCAGUUGUGCCUUCCUUAUUUUAAUGCAUCUAAAUUAAAAAAUAAUUCAAUAUAGAAAUUAGAAAAAUGUUAAUGAUCGAUAGCGUAUAUGAAACCAUCAUCGCAAACCACGGGUUAUUGUUUCAUUCUAUUUCACAAACGUUUGUGAAAUAGAAUGAAAUAAUAGCCCGUGGUUUGCGACGAUGAGAGAGAGAGAGAGAGAGAGAGAGAGAGGGGGGAGGAGUUCCCUCCCACUAUUUUUGACGACGAUAUUAAAGAUAUAUUGGGUCCCCCACCUAUGUUGAUAGUAGCAGUGAUGGAAUGUGAGAACAAUGUACAAUAUUACAUUUAUGCUUGAAAGUUAUUAAUUCAAUCCAUGUAGUGACCCAUGCACCCACUUCACAAAUCAUCAGGUGGGGGAUGCAGUUUAAGUUACCCUCACCCACCCAUGUACACGAUUUAGGGUUUUGAAGUUCGGACAAAAGCACAAUUUUUUGUUGUUAUUGUUUACUUUUGAAUUUUGGAUAAGUCAACAUGCAACAUGCCCCCUCUCAUACUUUGAAAAAGAUAAGUAAUGUUAGCAGGAGGCUCUGAAAAGUUCAAUCUGCAGUUUGAUGAUGUUUUAUCAUUCAAUAAAAAUUGUUUAUCAGGACUGCUUGAUUUAAUUAAACAAUAUUUUAUGUAGUUAUAUAAUGUAAACAAGAUAAAAUAUAUAGAAAGAAGAGAUUCAAAAACAUAUAUACAUAUACUAAUGGAAAUAAUCAUGAAACAAUAGAAGAAAAAAUAGUUGGGAGUAGAAAAAUAACCGAAAAAAAAUUUCCACAAGCCUGUAUGGAUAGUACAAUGAUCUAUGUAUAACUUGUAUAUUCCAUGCAAAUUCAAAAGGUUUUUCGCUGGAUAGAACAAGUGGGGGUCGCGGAUAUUUGAUGUUUGACUUCUAACAAAAUAUGUGAAAUAUAUUGGGUCGGCGCGGUAGCUACAGAUAUUGAAAUAUGAUCACCCAUUUUCAGUAAAUGUGUGCAAUUCACAAAUUUAUUUGCUGAAAAUUUUUAAAAAGAAUUCCAAAAACUGUCUCUCUGUACAUUUUCAUAUAGCUAGUUACACGUAAUUGCAGAAAGGAGAAUAUGAUUAUCAAUAUGUCAUGCGUUUUAUUUUUACACUAAGUCCAUCUAAUCUAUAUAAUAUUCACGUUAAAACAUAAGCCCCCAAAUAAAUUAACACUUGAAAUGAAUGUUAGAUUUUGAAAGGUGAUAUUGCGUUAGUUUCUCUGUCAAUCCGUAUUUCUGAAAACGAAAAUAUGUCGCCAGAAUAUUGAAAACAUCAACGGAAACAAAGUCUUGGGGUAUAUUUCAUGUUGAUAUAAAAUGAGCAUUCUAAUAUAUAAUGGAAUUCGUCUGCAAUUUUCGAUUCGUUACACAAAACACAAAAUCUUUCAUUAUAUGGAAUACCAAUCCAUCUACCAGUCUCUAUAGGGAAGCGGUGAUUUGUGGUGCGAAAUUUAAGGAAAAUAGUUCUGAAUUUUUUUGACAAUUUUUCUAAAUAUUUUUCUGGUCCAAAGUCUAUUUUAAAAGUUCUGUAUAUUUUACCUUUAGAUGAAUUGAACAUAUCGCUCGACCAUGGUUGAAUGAAUUGAUCCUUAAGUCUUUGUUUGACAGUAUUUGUUAUCCAUUUUCCAUUUAUGUUCUUUUGUUGAUUCCAUAUAUUUGAAAGACCACACAUGUUUAAAAUUCGAUGAAUACAUUCAAACCAGGGGUUCUUAACAGUACCGUUAAGAUAUUGUGUAUGCAAAAAUUUAUAAAGUACAUUAACAAUUUUAAAGUCACAACCUUGCAAUAAUGUAGCCCAGUAUGAAAUCAUUCUGCUAUACACAUUAAUAUAGAUUGGGAAACGACCUGUUUCGCCACAUACCAUAAAUGAGGGCGUAGAGCUUUUCAGCUGAAAAAUGUGUUUCAGAAAUUUUAAGUGAAUGCGCUCUACAACUUGUAAAUUUUCAUACCCCCAUAUUUCACAUUCAUAAAUUAAAACUGGUAAAACUACUUUGUCAAACAGGUCAAAUUGACAACUAAUUGGUAAAUCAAACAAUCUAAUUUUCCUUAUAAUUCCAUACAUAGCUUUCCAAAGUGAGGCCGAAACGACUAGGGCCGAAACGACAUUAGGCCGAAACUACUAACGGCCGAAAAUACUUGGGGCCGAACUGAAAAAAGGCCGAAACGACCAGAAAUCGGGUGUGUGACUCUUUUAGCCGUGAAAGGUCAUUUGCAAACAUGACCCUGUCCAAGAUCUGCUGUAUUGGGGCGGGGUAUGUUGGCGGGCCGACUUGUACCAUCAUUGCAGACAAGUGUCAUGAUGUCACAGUGACCGUGACUGACCUUAGUCAGGAGCGCAUUAAUCAGUGGAACUCAAACAAUCUCCCUAUCUAUGAGCCUGGUUUGGAUGAAAUUGUAUGCAGAAGACGAGGAAAGAAUUUAUUCUUCUCUACAGAUGUCAAGAAAGCCAUUAUAGAAGCAGAACUUAUCUUUAUAUGUGUGAACACGCCCACAAAGAACUAUGGACUGGGUAAGGGCAGAGCUGCAGAUCUGAAAUAUGUUGAAUCUGCUGCCAGAAUGAUUGCAGAGGUUGCAAAUCAAUCCAAGAUUGUUGUGGAGAAGAGCACAGUGCCUGUAAAGGCAGCAGAGAGCAUAUCAAACAUACUAAAGGCCAACCAUAGGACAGGAGUGCAAUAUCAGGUCUUAUCCAACCCAGAAUUCCUUGCAGAGGGUACAGCAGUCAGUGACCUUUUACAGCCAGACCGCGUUCUGAUUGGUGGAGAUCAGACAACGGAAGGAAGGGAAGCUGUCGAGUCUCUGUGUUGGAUUUAUCAACACUGGGUGCCAAAAGAAAAAAUCAUCACUAUGAACACCUGGUCAUCUGAACUGUCAAAACUGGCAGCCAAUGCAUUUUUAGCACAAAGAAUUUCCAGUAUUAAUGCUAUGUCAGCCAUUUGUGAGAUGACAGGAGCAGAUGUGACAGAAGUGGCCCAUGCAGUGGGAACGGACACGCGCAUCGGCAACAAGUUCCUGAAAGCCAGCGUAGGCUUUGGUGGAUUUUCAGGCUUUGGUGGAAGCUGUUUUCAGAAGGAUGUCCUCAACAUGGUGUACCUGUGUGAAUGUUUGAACUUGCCUGAGGUCGCUGAUUAUUGGCAGCAGGUUAUAAACAUCAAUGAGUAUCAGAAGAGGCGAUUUGCUAACAGAAUCAUUGAGUGUCUGUUCAACACAGUGACCAAUAAGAAAAUUGCAGUGUUCGGAUUCUCAUUCAAGAAAGACACUGGUGAUACAAGGGAAUCUGCAGCAAUCUAUGUCUGCAAAUAUCUUAUGGAUGAGGGUGCUAAUCUAAGGAUAUAUGAUCCCAAAGUCACAGAGAAGAAAAUGUUUUGUGAAUUGACAAAUCCUAUUUUGUGUGAAGAUCCAGAGAGAGUGAGAGAACUAGUAACAGCAUACAAAGAUCCUUAUGAGGCUGCAGAUGGAACACAUGCUUUAGUCAUUUGCACGGAAUGGGACCAAUUUACAAUGCUGGAAUACACAAAAAUCUAUGAGAGGAUGUUGAAGCCAGCGUUCAUUUUUGAUGGUCGAAUCAUUUUGGACCAUGAAGCCUUGAUGAAGAUUGGUUUUCAAGUAGUGACCAUUGGAAAGAAGUUACAUCGCUCAAAUGUCCAUCGAUCUUUUUCAACAUCAUCGCAGAGCUGAUUACACUAUCAAAUCUGGUGCUAUGACUUCAUUGGUAUAGUUAGUAAUAAAGAACCAAGAUUAUUUGCUUCCGAGAUUUUUACAUAACGCGCAUAUACAUGUAUGUGUGGCUUCUAUCACUUUUCUUCAUUUACAUUUGCAAUGCAUGACCAGCAGAUUUAAAAUCCACACUUGGGCAGAGAGUCUUGCUUGUAAUGUCAAAACCCUGUUGGGUGAAACUGAUGGACCAGCAUUUUUAGAUAUACUGACAAUGACAUUUUAUUCAUUAGCUUUUACUCUUUUCUUCAGCUGAAGAAUAUGACAUAUUAAUUAUGGUCUUUAGCAUUUAUUCAGUUUUGCAGUACUUGUAAUUGUGUGAAGAAUGAAUGCCCUGUUGAUCUGACUGUAGGAUAUUCGUACAUCAUAAUGAUUUCACUGUGAUAUUGUUUUUCAAUUUGAAGUAAAGAUACUGAGAUUUUUUUAUAUGAAUUCCUGUAUUUAGAAUUUCCUUUUAACAGCAGUAGUCAAUUCAAAGGAUGCACAACAAAGUAUUUUGGAUGUAAAUUUAUUUUACUGAUUAAAUGAGGCAGUAUGAAUAAUUUUUAGCUCACCUGAGUCACUCAGGUCUGUGUCUGUUGCUGUGUGUCUUGCAUUAACAAUUGAACAUAUUUAACUUUCUACAUGAUAACUUGAUAAUUCUUAUUGAAUUUGAUGUGAAGCAUCUUUUGGAUAAGGGGACAUAAAUUGUAGAUUUUAGGAUCACUGCAUCCACAUCUGUAAGGAAAAGUAAAUGUAUAAUCAUGUAGAGCAGAAAUGUUUCUACCAAAGUUGUAAAUUUCAUGAUCCCCGGGGUAGAGUUUCUGACACCAGGGCAGAGCCAAACUUGGUAUACAAAGUUUAUAUGUAAAACAUUUAAAUGACAUAUUCUUUAAUGUUAUUGAUACUUGAUAGAAGCUAAAUAGGUCUAUUAAUAGUAGGAGUUUCCCCCCAAAAUUGUAAAUUUCAUGAUCCCAGGGGUAGGGGUCUUGGUGUCAGGAUGGGGCCAAAAUCAUGAGUGAUUAUGAAAGACUUUGUCAUUAAGCUAAUAUUGUAUAAAAACUAAAUGCGAAUGAGAAUUAAAAAAUUGUGAAUUCCACAACCUCGACGUUCUGACUCGUGGCGAAGUCCAAAACAGUCUGUGUUAAUGCAAUGUCUACAAUGUAUUAUGUAAGUCUUUCAUCAGUAUGAGUACUUCGGGGGCAUUUGUGUAUUAAAAACACAUCUUGUUUUAUACUGCUGCUGAAUAUUAGAAUUUAGCUUAGAUAUGCACAAUAGGAAAAUUAUUAUAGAUUUCACAGCCCUUGUGGCUAGUGAUUCUUUAAAUUCAGGUGACCGAUAAGGCCUGUAGGUCUCUUGUUAUGAUUUAUAUGUAGUAGGAACAUAUCCAAAUAAUAGUAUAUUCAAUCUGCUUGGUACUCCGAAGUUACACAUCAAAAAUUAUAAACAUUUGCAAAAAGGUAUUUAGGAUAUACAGUAAAACAUUUUUAAAACAAACAUGCUUAUAAUGAAUUCAUAUUCAUUGGAAGGUGAUAUUUAUUCCCCUUCGAGAGGAAAAUAACGAAAAUUUUAUUGGAUAUAACAAAGUUUGGUUACAAUGAAACGUUUUUUACUGGGCCUGGAGAUUCGCCAUAACCAUGUUUGACUGUAGUAUAAUUAAGAUUUAUAUAUUGAAGCGAUAUUAGCUCUAUUCUGAAAAUUUUAUUUUGUUGUAAAAAUGUAAUAUUAUGAUAGUUUUGUGUGUAACUUUAAACAUAAUCAUCAAUAAAAUUAAAAUUAAGUUAAGAUUUUAUCAAAAUAAAGUUUUUGGUUCUAUUGAAUAUAUAGCAUUAUAUAGAAAUCAUAUUCUUGUAUGGGAAGGCAAUAAUGUAAUUUUGUGUCAUUUAGAGCCUCAGAAUAGGUUUUCUGACACAAAUAUUCAUAAAAGUUUAUAUUUUUCUGUCAUUGAAAUAAUAAAUCACAAUUGUACAAUACAAAUUUCCGACACCAAAAUAACAGCUAAUAUUGCUUUAAUAAGAAGUGAUUUAUUCUGGGGUUUUUAUGGAAAUUUAUUGAUAUAGAAUUACAAAUAUCUAGUGUGAAAAAUAUGUAACAAUUUGAAUUAUCUUGUUCAAGCAGGGUCCUUUUGUAAUUGAUCGAUCAUUUGUUCAGAGAGAAAAUGAGGUGCAUACUUGAAAAGCAAUUUUAUUAGUGCCAUUUUCUAUGACAAUAAUUAAUCAUAUACAUAUUGAAUCAAAUCAUUGAUGCACAUUACAUACUAUUCCAUAUGAGAUGAAUAGAAUUAAGGAUCAAAAUCCAGCUUGUUCCUGUUGGAAUAUAACUAUGCAAGAGUGUUUGAAGACAUGUAUUUGUGCUACGCAGGCCUUAUUUUUUGUGUUGCAGUAUUAGAACUGUAGGGUUUUUUUUAUCGCAUAAUAUGCAUGUCCUGUAAUAACUUUAGUGUACUUAUUAUGCCUUUUUGUAAAAAAUGUAAUGUGUUGUUACUUAGUAGAUUGUACACUGCAUGUUCAUCAGACAAGGGUACAAGAAAAAAAAAAAUCGGCACCAAAGGCCGGUCCAGGGCCUGUGUGCUGGACAUGCUUACCUUGGUUUAAGAAAGUUAUAUAUUUCAUGUAUCAGCAUGACUUUUUAUACACAAGUUUUGAGAAUUUAUUUUGCCAUUUUUAUCUCGUUUUAACAUUUAAAGCAAAGAGGAAUUUUGUUCCUCAUUUCACUCACCGACUUGAAUUACUAACCGAAUUGGAUAUUUAUGUUUAGAAUUCAAGAUAUAGAUUCAGGGGGUUUGUCCAUCUGUUUGUCUGCAAAAUGUUAACCUUGGCCAUAACUUGAAUGGAUUGUGAUAGGUCUUUCUUAUUUCAUGUGUGUAUUCCUUGUGAGAAGACAUUUCUUUUGGUACCAAAAUGUUUGACUUUGUGACCUUCACUUGGGAUUUGACCUCCUUUUGAAAAACUUUAACCUUGGACAUUACUGUUGAAUUGUUAGUUGUAGGGUUUUCAUAUUUCACAUGUAUAUUUCUUGUGGCAAGACCUUUUGUUUGAUACAAACAUUAUUGACCUCAUGACAUUGACCUUGGAGUUUGGCCUGCUUUUGAAAAACUUUAUCUUGGGCCAUAACUUUGAAUGUAUAGUGAUGGGACUUUCUUAUUGCUUGUGACAGGACCUUUAUUUGAGUACGAAAAUUACUUCUGUCAUAGGCAUCAGUGUUUCAUAAACACAUCUAGUUUUUGUGUAUUCAUAAGAUCCAAGUUUUAUACAUACAUUGUAGUGUUAUUUCAAGAUAGGAUUUAUAUCACAGAUCUGUGUUGGAAAUGUUAAGAUUUAGAAAUGUUAAGAUUUUAUUUCUUAAUCUCAUUUGUUGCAUUUGUGACCAAUUUGAUGUUUAGCCUAGCUGUCAUGUCUUUCAAGAUUGAAUUGAAAUAUAUCUUGAUUAGAAAACUUAAUUUGUAUUCACAUUUACAAACAAAGCAUUUGUCAUAAUUUUUAUGUCGUGUUCAUCAUCUGUAAUUAAGGUUGUCUCAAAAAAUUCAUUUUGUAUAUGUCAUAAAUUGUCCCUGUACUGCAGUUUUAUGUCUUGCCACUCAUGUCUUAAUGAUAGAAAUAGUGAGAACUUGUACAAUUUUUUUGAAAUUAUUUUUACAGAUUUAGUUAUACAUGUAUUUCAAAUUAGUCAUAUUUGUACAAAUAUUUACCCCCAAAUAAAUGACUGAAAAAAUUGU